UUGUCAAAAGGCGGCUGCCGAGCCCCAAACGCCGGGAGCGCCAAGCAGCGUGUCCACCCGCCAGACCAGAGUUCUGCUGGUUGGACAUAUCUGCAAGACUUCCCAGGAGAACAUCCUUGGACCCUGCUCACCCCUGCUCCUUCAGGAAGGGCCCUCCUAGGCCGGUGGCUAUGCUAAGGGUGCCAGCCCUAUCUGGCACUGACUCUCACCCUGGCUGUGACCUGCCUGCUGUUCCUACAGGGAUGGAAGCCAUGGCAGCCAGCACUUCCCUGCCUGACCCAGGUGACUUUGACCGGAAUGUGCCUCGCAUCUGUGGAGUAUGCGGAGACCGAGCCACGGGCUUCCACUUCAAUGCUAUGACCUGUGAAGGCUGCAAAGGCUUCUUCAGGCGGAGUAUGAAGAGGAAGGCACUGUUCACCUGUCCCUUCAACGGAGACUGCCGAAUCACCAAGGACAACCGCCGCCACUGCCAGGCCUGCCGGCUCAAACGCUGUGUGGACAUUGGCAUGAUGAAGGAGUUCAUCCUAACAGACGAGGAGGUGCAGCGUAAGCGGGAGAUGAUCAUGAAGAGAAAAGAGGAAGAAGCCUUGAAGGACAGUCUGAGGCCGAAGUUAUCGGAGGAGCAGCAAGGCAUCAUAGCCAUCCUGCUGGAUGCCCACCACAAGACCUAUGACCCCACCUAUGCUUACUUCAGGGAUUUCCGGCCUCCAGUUCGUGCGGAUAGGAGUGAGGAGAGCUAUCCUGAAAGGCCCACACUCAGCUUCUCCAGGGUGUCCUCCUCCUCCAGCUCCGAUCUGUACACCACCUCACUAGACAUGAUGGAACCAUCCAACUUUUCCAACCUGGAUCUGAGUGAAGAGGACUCUGACGACCCCGCCGUGAGCCUGGAUCUCUCGCAGCUCUCCAUGCUGCCACACCUGGCGGAUCUGGUCAGCUACAGCAUCCAAAAGGUCAUCGGCUUUGCCAAGAUGAUCCCAGGAUUCAAGGAUCUCACCUCUGAAGACCAGAUUGUACUGCUCAAGUCAAGCGCCAUUGAGGUUAUCAUGUUGCGCUCCAACCAGUCUUUCACCAUGGAUGAUAUGACUUGGGACUGUGGCAGCCAGGACUACAAGUAUGACAUCGCUGAUGUCUCCAAAGCUGGGCACACCCUGGAGCUGCUUGAGCCCCUCGUAAAGUUCCAGGUGGGGCUGAAGAAGCUGAACUUACACGAGGAGGAACACGUCCUGCUCAUGGCCAUUUGCAUCGUCUCCCCAGACCGACCCGGGGUACAAGACGCCAAGCUGGUUGAAGCCAUUCAGGACCGCCUAUCCAACACACUGCAGACCUAUAUCCGCUGCCGCCACCCACCGCCAGGCAGCCACCAGCUCUAUGCUAAAAUGAUCCAGAAGUUGGCUGACCUGAGAAGCCUCAACGAGGAACACUCCAAACAGUAUCGCUCCAUCUCCUUCCAGCCCGAGAAUAGCAUGAAGCUCACACCCCUUGUCCUGGAGGUGUUUGGCAAUGAGAUCUCCUGACCAGGGUAACCUGCAGUGGUGCCUGGGUGGGGCCGCUCCUUCAGGCCCUGUGCCCAGGCUCUGGGCAGGUUGAGGUCCAGCAGUGACUCCUGCCCCCUUCUGGAGUUCAGUCCUUCCUCUGCCAUUGCCCAUGUCUGUCUGGCCCAUCCUUUCCUCCUGCCCAGCCUGUCCCCCUUUCCUGUAGAUUGCAGGUUGGCCCUGUCCCUUGAGACUUCAGUUAAGGAGAGACUGCUACUCAAUUGACAAAGAAACUCAAGCGGGCAGAGCGGGCAGAGGCUGAAGGCAGAGCUCUGUCUGGGGAGGCUCCCAUUAUAAGGGACCACUGCUUGUGCCAAGGGAGGCAGGCAGGAGAAAUGUGCCCAUGUCUCAGGGACAGGUACCUGUACCUCCCCACCUUCCCAAUGCCUAAUGGGAAAUCCCCUACCCCUGCCAAAAAGGGUACCCACUUACCCACAAUCCUCUGCAUCCCAUCUCAUCCUGCUGCCAGUGUGUGCUAUUUCACCCCAGGACCCAAUGUGGGGCCUCCUUCCUCUGCCAUUAUACUCAUGGACUUGUUCACUGCCAAGAUGACCAAAUACACUACCACACUAACCAACAAGUACUCACCUAGCUCCAGAGUUCCCACCUUUGAGGAAUUCCCCGGGACCAGGACCUCUGGAACCAGGGGGCUUCUUCCCCAUCCCAGAACCACUGACCUAGAAAAGCACCUAAGGAUAGGACCCAGGGGAUGGGACACAGGCCAAGUAAAGAGGAACAGAGCCAGCCUGUUCUUUCCACGGGACAAUGAAUGAGACCCCUCUGUCCUUGUCAUCAAGCUGAGGGUCCUUCAACCUGGAGAUAUUGGGACCUCUCCUCUUACCUACACACGUGUCAGGACCAAAUGUCCCCAACUUCCAGAAGCUCCCCAGUCCUGUCUUCACCCCUUACCCCGCCAGUGCCUUAUCACCUACCUAGAACAGCACCUCUUUCUCUGGCUUUCCGGGAGUUCACCAAGGAUGUCCCAGAAGUCAUCUCAGCUUCCCCGUCACCCCCAUUUGGAGCAGCAGUGUCUCCCCUUGCUUGCCUAGGGGGAGCUACCUUUUCUUCCUGUUGGAAGGAGAUGGGGGGAAGCCAAGAGCUGCCCGAGUGGAGCUCCAAGCCUGCUAUCCAGAUAAAAAACCAGACAGGAGCACUCUUCACCUCCGGAGAUAGGUAGGGGUGAUCAGAACGUGUGGAGUGCAAAGAUAUGGGACCAGUUUCCUGAUUCCCACCCACCACCCAAAGUCAAGGGAGGCCUAUGGAACGGACAGGCGAUGGGCUAGGUGCACAUCUUCAAAUUCCACUCCUCUGUAGCAGCCCCGCCCAGGAGCUUGGAGCCCUGAUCCCACUCACCCCAAGCACACCCCUUUCUGAUCAUGGGUUGUAGGUGUGUGGGACCCACACAGAAGAGGUUCUCAUAAGGGGACUCAUAGAAGGUCCUUAGGUAAAUGCUUGAUUUGGGGAACACGGCCACAUUGAAAGCAGCAACACAGUGCUAAGGUCGGUGGGAACAUAGUGACACUUUUUUGUAUUCCCCGGAAACCCUGGGACAAGACAGAUUUAUCACUGCAAGAACCAUUAGUAUCCACCUUGCCCGGCGUGUCCCAGAAUUCAAGUGGAAAGCAUCUGGGGCCACAUUCCCAUAUUGCAAAAUGACGUACAGAAGGUUUCAUUUUAAUUUUCUUAGAUCAGGGUUGCUUUCAGAAUUAGACCCCACCUAGACUGUGUUCUACCACUGAGGUGGCAGCACCUGAAUCAGCAGUGUGUGUGUGUGUGUGUGUGUGUGAAAAUAUUGUACAUUAAUGAUUAUUGUUAGUGCUUUAAAAAACUACAGAGAGACUUGAUUUUAGCUGCAGAACACAUUGAUCCAGCUCGCUGUUCAAUGGGAGGGAACGUCUGAAAAUUGCUAAGGACUUCAGCGCCUUUAUAACAAGAACCUGCCAUUAGAGAAGAGCAUGGUUUACUGGGGCUUUUAUAGUCAGAAAUGUCCCCAGGCCAGGAGAAACUCUAAACUUAUGGCCCUGGGCCGUUUUAUAUUGAGCCUGUUUCCACUGCUCUGGUAGAUGGCCCAGGGUUUGAGGAAGCCCUGGAUUUUAGAGCAAACCGACAUCUGGGACUUCCUUCUUCUCCCCCCCACCCCUAAUAACCCACCCACCUGUGCAAAGGUCUCGCUUUUGGACUCUCCACUUCAGCCCUGUGUGCUACUGUUGUCUUGUCAAUAACAUGUGUCGGUCUUUGGAAAACUUCCCUCUGUCCUCUUCCUUUUCUGCUUUCUCCACGAAACUCCACAGGCCUCCAGAGCAGGCCAGUUAAUCAGCCCAAGGACCCACCACUGAGGCAGCGCCCAAAGGGAAUCCUAGGAGCAGGAGAAAAACAAACUGGCCAAGAAAGGUUGAGAAGCAUGUCUAGUUUGUUUAUUCUGAACACACGAAGAAGAGCUUGCACUUCUGAUAGGUAUUACUAGACAUGAAGGGAAAUAGACAGACACCAAAAUGGAAAAGCAGCAAGAUUUCCUGAGAUAGGAGAAUCCUCCUGCUGCCUAAGAGGAGGGAAGUCAGGAGUCCAAGCCGGGUCAACAGUGGUGGUGGACAUACGUGACAAAUCUGGUGGACAUUAGACAUCUAAGGAGCCUCUAGAGAUUCCUGUAAAGAAAAAAAAAUGUUUUCUAAGAUUUUGUCAAAUAAACCGUGAAAAGGCUUUGCCGAGGGUACCAGACGGCUCACGCUUGCACAGCGCUCACUCUGACAAGCACCGCUGUAAAUAAAGGCCUCGUGAAAACCAA